ACUUAUUCUGUUUCGAAUCAUAUGUUUGUCAGCCAUUGUUUUAUGUGUUGUCACAAAGGAGUUAUCUUAUGAUAUAUGAUUAAAUGUUAACAACUUGACGAUAUAUUUACAUUGUUGAAUUAGAGUAGCUUUAUUUAUUAUAAAGUUUAGUUAGAAAUCAGGACCUUGAGGAAACAUGUCUGGAGGACCUUAUAGCUAUUCCUAUAUUUUUAAAUACAUUAUAAUUGGGGACAUGGGUGUUGGGAAAUCAUGCCUGCUCCACCAGUUCACAGAGAAAAAAUUUAUGGCUGAUUGUCCUCAUACAAUUGGUGUUGAAUUUGGGACUCGAAUCAUAGAAGUAUCUGGUCAAAAAAUUAAACUACAAAUUUGGGAUACAGCAGGACAAGAGCGGUUUAGGGCUGUCACACGGUCUUAUUAUCGUGGAGCGGCUGGAGCAUUAAUGGUUUAUGAUAUUACAAGACGUUCAACUUAUAAUCACCUUAGCAGUUGGUUGACUGAUACAAGAAAUCUCACUAAUCCAAGUACUGUGAUCUUUCUUAUUGGAAAUAAAUGUGAUUUAGAUGGUCAGCGAGAUGUUACUUAUGAGGAAGCAAAACAGUUUGCUGAAGAAAAUGGUUUAAUGUUCGUUGAAGCUAGUGCAAAAACAGGAGAAAGAGUUGAAGAAGCUUUUCUGGAAACUGCCAAAAAAAUAUUCCAAAGCAUUCAAGAUGGAAGACUUGAUCUCAAUGCUGCUGAAUCUGGUGUGCAGCACAAACCUUCUCAAACUGGACGCACUACAUUGUCAAACGACCAACAACCCAAUAAGGAUACUUGUUCUUGUUAGAACCAGAAGCCUUGGAGCUCUCUAAUUCUCUCCCAGUAUCUUUCCUUGUAUAUAUGCUGAGCCUACCCACAUAUUGGUGGCAGUCACUCCUCUGCAAAUAUUUGAAGUCAGUUCCCAAUCACCACCCAUUCUAAUACAUACACUGUUACCGGCUAUAGUUCUAUCUAAGAGUAUUAUUUAAUUAAUUGUGUUUAUAAUAUAUGCAUUAUAUAUACAUACAUAAUAUAAUGUAUGUAUUUUAAACAAUCUAUUGUAUAAUUUACAUAUAAAUAUGUAUACAAAAAAUUUUAUAGUUGUUUGCUAAUAAUAAUAUUAGUGUGCAAAAAGUGCUUUGUUAAGUUAGAUAUUAAAAACUAAAAAUCUGUAGAUGAUGCUGUUUAGAACUAAUAUAUAUAUAAAAUGUAAAAAAAGUGAAAUGAGUUUGUGGAUUUGUUUCAACAUAGCUACUCAGCAUUAUUUUAAAUCAUUCCAUUAAGGUAUUAUUAGGAAUAUGUAGAAACUUAACCCACAAUACUUAUUCAACACUUAUAACUUUUAUCAUUGUUAUUAUUAUUUGUAUAUGUGAUCAAAUAAAAACUAUAAGAAGUU